GUCAGUCGGCGAGCGGAAGCGAGGUGGGGUGUGUGCUGCGGCCGCGGGUUUCGCCACUGUGUGCUCCCUGUGCUCCACUGUGCUCUGGUGACCGUCGUGUGCGCGGUGUGACGCCGAACGGUGGUGUUCCGUGAUCGGAUAUGUUCAGCUGACCACUUACGUUGGGACUAGAAGAAAAUUAUCAGCAUGGAGUCGGUGUUCGGUGGGCACGGGAGCCGGCCGGAUGACGGCGUCCCGGACAUGACCGUCAUAUCGGACAUUGACGAGGCCGGCAUCAACCGUACCCUGCACGUCCGAUACGACCACGACCGGAUAUAUACCUAUACGGGAACGAUUCUUGUGGCCGUCAACCCGUACCGGGAGCUGAGUAUCUACGGACAGGACACCCUGUUCUCGUACCGGGGGCAGAAGAUGGGCUCCAAGGAGCCGCACAUUUUCGCUCUGGCCGAGGCGGCGUACACGGCGCUGACACGGGGAGAGGGGAACCAGUCGUGUGUGAUAUCGGGUGAGAGUGGCGCGGGGAAAACGGAGACGACCAAGUUCAUCCUGCAGUACCUGUGCUCGGUCACCUCCGGAGUCAGCACCUGGGUCGAGCAGCAGAUCCUCGAGGCCAACACCAUCCUCGAGGCGUUUGGUAACGCCAAGACGGUGCGGAACGACAACUCGUCUCGGUUCGGCCGGUUCAUGCAGGUGUGCUUCGACCCGCGGUGGCACAUCAAGGGCUGUAUCAUGCAGGACUACCUGCUGGAACAGUCGCGCAUCACGUUCCAGGGGCCCGACGAGCGGAAUUACCACGUGUUCUAUCAGCUGGUCGCCGCCGCACAGCGCGACUCGGAGCUGGCAGCCCAGUUCCAGCUGCGGGAGGCGGCCCACUACAGUUACCUGAACCAGUCGGGCUGCGUCCGACUGGACGGUGUGAACGACGCCGAGCGGUUCGACGCGCUGCGGCUGGCGUUCAGCGUGCUGCAGAUCCCGCAGGAAGUGUGCGAUGGCCUCUACUCGACCAUCUCGGCCAUCCUGUGGCUGGGGAACAUCGGGUUCCAGGACGUAGACGGCGAGAAGACGGAGCUGACGGAGGGAGACGUCACCAUCCUGGCCACGGUCUCUCAGCUGCUCGGCCUCGAGGGAGACGACGUGCGCCUGGUGCUGCUCAACAGGCAGAUCAACGUGCGCGGCAACAUCACAGAGAUCCCGCUCAAACCGCACGAGGCCCGCGAGAACCGGCACGCCAUGACCAAGGCGCUCUACUCCCGGACAUUUGCGUGGUGGUGAACCAGAAACACGUGCACAAACCCCGGCCAGGACAGCGGCGCCUUCCUCGGCGUGCUAGACAUCUUCGGCUUCGAGAACUUCGGGAAGAACUCGUUCGAGCAGCUCUGCAUCAAUUACACCAACGAGAAGCUGCACACCUUCUCAACCACUACGUCUUCGCGCUGGAACAGGAAGCG